AAGAAGGGACUUUUCAGUUUGGGACCAAUGCAGGAUAUUAAAGGCUCCAUUUCGUAAAGCAUCUGUUUCUAGGAAGGAAUAUCGUCACAAAAAAAAGAUUAAAGUAAAAAUCCACCCAACAUGUCCGGGACAGAGAGACGUAGCGCAGAAGAAAGUGUUGCAAACAAGCAGAAGGAGCCCCAUUCUCUAGUCUGUAUAACCACAUUCCUGGAACUUAUAGUCCUAGCCUUCAUUGUAUUGGUCGAACUCUUACUUAGAUUUACAACAAUAUUUCCUCUCCGACGUCAGCCAUUUUCCUGUGUGGACGAGUCCAUCAGUCGACAGACAAAACGCUCACAAUUCAUUGGUUUCGCCUUCAACUCGGACCUGCCAGAUUCCAUCGUGUAUUCUCUCAGUUUUUGCCUUCCCCUAUUUAUAAUUUUAGUGGGAGAAGUAGGACUAUGGGCUUUUGCUGAAGAUCGCCAGAGAACAAUCCGAGUUCUUUGUCGCAACUGCAGGGUACCACAAGUCACACGCAGACUCGUUAGGUUUGUAGGUGUUUUUAUAUUUGGAGCAUUCACUCUUAUGGUUUUUGUUGACGUCACAAAGCUUAUGACCGGGCGUUUACGACCAAACUUCUUAGAAGUUUGUAGAAUAAACCAGACGGCAUGUAAACUUAACGAAAAUCAUGGAGAUGAAAGUAUGUGUCUUGAAAAAGAUGAGAUGGCGUUGAAACAUGCGAGGUCUUCGUUUCCCUCCAUGGAUGCUGCGUUAUCGUCUUAUGCUGCUAUGUUUAUUUCGACGUACGUUCAUGGUGCUUUACGGAGUCGAUCAGUUCGAGUUCUCCGACCAUUUCUCACGGUGAUGUUCUGCAUGCUUUCUUUGCUGUGUGGUCUGGUGAAGUUAGGAAUCGGUUCCAGCCAUUGGACAGACGUGGCUGCAGGAUUCGCCAGUGGGUCAUUCAUGGCAGUUUAUUUGGGUCGUUAUGUACUAAGAGGAUUCAAUGAACAUGUGGAAGAGAAAAGGGUAAUGUCUCAGUUAGACCUAAUUCUACAAGAACAACGCUUUUUAGAACAACUAAUUAGAGAGCUUGGCACACCAUCAUCGUUGCCCUUGCAAGGUUACCAGAUACCCAGAGCACACACGGAUGAUAGGUGGCGCCCCCUUAACAACAAGGCUUAGUACAACGGUCCUUGAAUAAUGAAGACACUGACAUGCAUAGACAAUCUGUAUUGAUUUUCUCGGAUGAAUCUUCUCUGUUUAUGAGCUGUGAUUUAACUUAAGUUGGCUGCAAAAUUUGUUUAUCAGGAUUACAUUAUCUCUUGUUUACAUCUUCUUUCAUGUAAAUACCAAAACCAAUUUGUUGUCUACUUAUUGGAAGAAGUAAUUACUAUUUAAAACUUAUUAAAAUGACUAAUCAUUUU